AGGUUUGCUCCGCACCGUAGAGCAAGCAGUCACAGGACAUGGUCCAUCAAUGAAUCUCCACACUGUAGAUGCUCCAAGCCGUUUGCUCCUGAAAUCUCCGAGGCUUUACAACGGCUCUGCGCUCCUCGGUGCAACGGGAUCUGAGCAAGGGCACGGGCUCUAACGGCGUGUGACAUUGUACCGAUAGCGAUUCGCGAGGGUGUUGACGGGUCCAGCCUGGCACUAUCUGAUAAGAAUAUCUGCGGAUUAGUACCCGUGGCGUCGUAGCUCGUUUCGGGAAACAUGAACCAGUGAUGAAGCACGACAGCGCCGCUUAUUCAACGGAACUCGCGGCCUACCUAGAUCCAUCAUCUUUUCCACAUCAUUGAAACAGUUUUGUAGUACUAAUUCACCGUUCCCUCGACUCGUUCGUGUCCACCGUUACUCAACGAAUCACGGAUUUCUUGUCCUCUUAUCCUCGCAGUUAGUUACCGCCUCAACGUAACAGUAGUCGUUUCGAACCCAGUCUAUACUGCGUAUAGGAAACCUCGCUAUUACCUCAUCAUGGCAAUGGCGCUGGCGCGCGAGCGGACAGUCUCCGCCUGCCUGCCUUCCGCCUACCGCCUCUCCUACCUCCUCUUCCGCACCAUUCACCGCCACACACGCGCCUCCGCCCCUUCCCCGUCCGCCGCUUCCCCUUGCGCCUCUGACCGCCCUAUUUCCUCCCCCUCUCCGCUUCUCCCCCUUCCACCAUCUGCGCUUCCGCCAUGCGGCGCAACAAGCAUCCCCGCUUUCCGCUUCGCCCCGCCUGCGCCUGGCGCUCUUCCUCAGCUCACUUCCGCCCCCGCCGCCUCUUCCGCCGACCUCCCCCCUCGCUAUUACUCCGCAGCCCCGCCAAACUCCCAACCGCAGGGGGUAGUCAGCGGUCUUGCCACACACGUCAGCCGAACCUUUCCCCGAACCUGUCUCUCCGAACCUGUCGGAACCUCCAGCUUCGGCAGCAGUACGGUCACGAGGUGCUUCAGCGCAGCAGCGGACGGCGAGGCGGGAGGCGCGGGGAGCAGUCAUCAUACUCAUCCGCAUAAUCAGGGAAUAGUCGGCGGCCCGGACGAUCGCGAGGUGGCUCUAGAUUCCGUAGUUAAAUUGUUCGCCGUCGCGAGCAGUCCCAACUACUGGCUCCCCUGGCAGAGCAAGCCGCAGCGCGAAGUAACCGGGUCCGGAUUCGUUGUGUCGGGACGGCGCAUCCUCACGAGUGCGCACGUGGUCGCGGACCACACGUUCGUACUCGUUAGAAGGCACGGAUCCCCUAAGAAGUUCCUCGCUACAGUGGAAGCGGUGGCGCACGACUGCGACCUGGCGCUGCUAUCAGUCAAAGACCCCGCGACCGUGGGGAAGGGGGAGGGGGGGAUCAACGGCGGGGGAAGCGGAGAUGCGCGCGCGGAUAGCGAGGAGUUUUGGGAGGGCAUGCACUCGCUAGAGCUGGGGGACGUGCCUCUGCUGCAGGAGUCGAUUGCGGUGGUGGGAUACCCGCAAGGUGGCGACAACAUCAGCAUAACGAUGGGCGUCGUUUCCAGAGUGGAGCCAACGCAGUACGUGCACAGCGCAGCCCACCUGCUGGCCAUUCAAAUCGACGCUGCUAUUAACCCUGGCAACAGCGGGGGGCCGGCUCUUAUCAUGGCGCCCGUUGCUCACGCACAGGGAGAUGGGGGGGAAGGGGGAGUAGGAGGAGGAGGGGGAAGUGUGGGGGCAGCAGGGGGAGGAGUUAUGGGGGGAGGGGUAUGGGGAGAGGGAGGGGCGAGGGGGGGUGCAGGAGGGGAGGGAGGGCAGCAGAUGGAGUACCGCGUGGCCGGCCUGGCGUUUCAGAACCUGUCAGGGGCGGAGAACAUCGGCUACAUUGUCCCAGUGCCUAUAAUCCGUCGGUUCCUAGCAGACGCGGCGUUGGGACACCGCCGCUUCCCGGGGUUCGCCUCCCUGGGGGUGUCGUGCCAACCGCUGGAGAACUGGCAGCUGCGGGCGCACCUCAAGAUGCCACGUGGCGCAACGGGAGUGGUUGUGAAUGCAGUGCAGCCGCUGAGCGACUCCAGCCGGUGGCUGAAGAAUGACGAUGUGUUGACAGCGUUUGAUGGCGUUCCCAUUGCCAAUGACGGCUCCAUAAUGUUUCGCAAGAGGGAGCGCCUGCCCUUUGACUACCUUGUGUCUCUCAAGCCCGUGGGCGAGACUGCCAGAGUGUCGGUGCUGCGGGGAGGCCAGCCCAUGGACUUCGACAUCCAGCUCAACCCGAUCCCAGCACUUGUCCCAGCGCAGCAGUUUGACAUCUCCCCCUCCUACUUCAUAUUCGCCGGGCUGGUAUUCGUGCCGCUGACCCAGCCCUACCUGCACGAGUACGGCCCUGACUGGUUCAACAGCAGCCCCCGCCGGCUGUGCGAGCGGGCCUUGAGAGACAUCCCCAAGAAACCCAGCCAGCAGAUCGUGAUUCUCAGCAGGGUGCUGGCAGACGAGGUCAACUCGGGCUUUGAGAGGCUGGCAGAGCUGCAGGUCAAGCGUGUCAACGGCAGGGAGGUGGACAGCUUGAGGCAGCUACGCGACGAAGUGCUACAGUGCACAGACGGCUUCGUCAGAUUCGAUUUGGAGGACGACCGGGUGAUUGCUGUCAGCGUGUCUGCAGCGAAGAAGGCAAGUGCGCAGAUCCUCCGGCGUUAUCGCGUGCCAUGUGCGUCCUCCUGGGACCUGCAGCAGGGGGAGACGGAGGAAGAGAAAGGGGAGGAGGCGGAGGUGCAAGCAGGAGCGUCCUGAGCUGAGCCAGAGGCAGGAGGAGGAAACAGGGGGUGUGUGGGGGAGAGGGAGAGCGCCGUCCUGGAACCUGCAGCAGGGAGACUUAAUGGGGAGUUGAGGUUCAAGUGGGGCCUUCUUGAACAAUGUCAUGGGCAGCAAGGGGAAAAGGGGGGAUGGGUUGUCGGGGAGGGUGAGCGUCCUCCUGGGACCUGCAGCAGGGAGUGCUAGCGGGGGAGUUAGGGGGGAAGGUGGAGAUUCAAGCAAGGCUUCUUGAAACGAGUAGCCAGGAGGGCAAUGGGGAGGGAUGGAGCUGUGUAGUGGGGGUUGAGGAAUGCAGGGUGGGGGGUGGGGGUUGGGGGAGGAGAAGCGCAGAUCAUCCCUUUGGGACCUGCAGCAGGGAGUUGCAGCAGGCACUUGGGGUAGAACUGGAGGCCUUAGCAGGGACUCCUGUCAGGGUAAGGGGUGGGGGUGGGGGAAAGCCCACAAACGGAAGGCCCAGCGACUGGGAGUCGCAGUGAGAAAGUGGGGUGGAAUCAAAGGCCCAAGCAGGCGCUUCCAGGUAGUAAGGGUUGCGGGUGGGGAAAGCCCAAUAGUGCAUCCUGUUACGAAAGGCAGCAGGUAGAGUCGGGAGAGGAAUGCCCCGAGUAAAUAAAUACGAGCCCAGACAUGAGCCAGGCCAGGACUCCGUAACUGUGUCGACAUGGCCAAGAAUGAAUACUACGUAGGGCUCAGCCAAUCUUGGAGAAAGUUUUAGUGGAGUCUCAGCAUGGGACGCUUGCCUGCAGCACAUUUGGUCCUAGAACCGCUACUACGGUUUACAAAAAUGACUCGAUUUUUCCGACUGGUUUACACCGUACAGCCUUUCAGGUAGUGUACCAGGGUUGGCUAAGGAC